ACGAAAGACGCAACUGAAGUGGCGAGUAAUCGGGUCCGCCCAAGUCUGGCGGUGGAGCGCGCGGCGGCGGUUGUGGGCGGGGAGAGGAAGCAGGGGAGAGAUGGCGAAGGGAGACGAUGCCGUCAGGAAGAAGCGGAACAAGAUCAACCGCAAGCGCAUGCGCAACAGCGAGUCCGCCGUCUCCGCUCGCGUCGCCUCCAUCAUCGCCGCCAAGCGCCGCCGCAAGGCCGGCAAGCGCCGCAUCUGCGAGGGGAUGUGUUACAGCCUCCCGACGGCCGAGGAUCCCUUCAAUGAUCGCCACGGCAAGAAGGAAUUGCCGAAGAAGAAGAAGAAGCCUCCUCCUCCUCCUCCUCCUCCUCCUCCGAAGAAAAAAAUACGCAAGGAAAAGAACCCUGCUUCCCCCAAUCCCGAUAAGAAAGUGCAGGCCGGAAGCAGCGCGGCCGUCGCAGUCCCCGCCGUAAAGCUCGGCCCAAAGAGCGGCGGAGACGACUUCGGAUGCCCUUCCAAGUUCCUAAUCCUAUGCCUCAACGCCAUACGAGAUUCUUGGAUGGACGAGGGCUGGCUCGACGAGAGCGCGGACGGAUCGCUCCUCCUCAGUAGCACCUGGGGCGUUGAUCUCUGGAGGUGCUUCUCUGCUAGGUCGAAUGUGCUGGACACGAGCGGGGCUUGCUCUUCCAGAGAGCAGAUUGCUUGGCUUGUUUCUGCAGCGUCCGAUAUCAUCACUAGGAAGGAGAAGCAGGGCCUCGUCGUCAAAUGCCCCUUCCUCUUGUUUCUCGUGCCUUCACAGGAGAAAGCUAUUCAGGUAAGAUCAAUUUGCAAGCCACUCAAGGCUCUGGGGAUACACACAGUAAGCUUGCACCCUGGUGCGCCUGUUGAUCACCAGGUUCGCGGUCUAAAAAGUUGCGAACCGGAGUUCGUUGUAUCCACUCCAGAUAGGCUUCUUGAACUUGUUUCCCUAAGCGCCAUCGACAUAUCUGGUGUAUCAUUACUGGUUGUUGAUGGACUACAUAGCUUUGUCGAUCUCAAUUUUGUCGAUAAACUUAACUCAAUCAAAGUUGGUAUAUCUGCUGAUCCUCAUAUUGUUAUCUUUAGCAAUACCCAUGGAGAAACAUCUAUGUCAUUAGCACGAAAUCUGCUUGGUGGACCAACUACUAGGCUGUCUCUCUUUGACUCCAUUGCUAGUCAGAGUGCAUUCCUAUUGCAAAAUGUUCAUUUCUGUGCAUCAGAAGAGCAAAAGAUGACGGAGGUCAUGCAAAUUGUUUCGGAAACGGUGAGUAAUCAAAAUCUACAGAGUGCAAGGAUUCUAAUAAUAGCAGAAAGUAUUAGUAAGGCUCAAAUGUUGGUCUCCUCUCUUAGAGGUGAGAAUUGCAAUCUAUUAUGUGGCCUAACCAGCGGUUGUUUCACCAUAUCUGACAGUGACGAAGAGGCCAAAAUCUUAGUAAAGGAUAGAGAGAGCAUCCCGACAGUCGAUGUUGAGCAAUUUGAAAUAGUGAUCAUUGUGGAUUUUCCUCUUACAAUUGGGGAGUAUACUGAAAUUCUUACAAGGACCGCACGUCAUUCUGUUAUUGGUAUUCUGCAUAGUUUCUUCUGUAAGGUAGAUGCUGCUCUUGCUCGACCUUUGAUCACGGUACUUGAACAAUGUAGGCAGGUAGUGCCUGAAGCCCUUAGAAGUUUGGACUCCUCGCAAGUAUGACUAAAUUGGAUCAAUUAUUUCAAAUUAUUAUCUCUUCUGGUAGUUUGUUCUCACAUUUCCGAAGAGUCUUGCCUGUUCUCUCAAUUUUGUUUGCAUUGUAAACUACGCGCUAUAUCAUAUCUUUCAUUUUUGAAACUAAAUUCUAUCACCACUUUCAGUAA